AUGGAAGAUUGCAAUCAGUACCCUACAGAUCCUUAUGAAAUUGGGAAUGGAGUUUGAAUGAUCCCUUGCAAAAUCAAUAAUGCUAACUCCCCCCUCCAUGAGGAAACAAAAAAUUUUGCUUUCUCACAGAGGGAGUUAAUUUUUUUUUAAAAAAUUUAUAUAUUCAGUGACACUGACUGGCACGGGGUGCUUUUGGCUCGAAACUGAGCCAAAAGCACCCCGUGCCAAUUAGUGUCACUAACUAUAUAUAAAAUUUAUAGAAUUUUUUUUUUUCAAAAUUCAAGAAAUAAGAAUUAAUUUAAUUUGCAAAAUUAAUGCUUUAGAAUGCAAGCUAUUUAAAUUCAAUAGAAUUAGCUAGAGAUUUCAUUAUAUUAAUUAUCACAUAUAUAUCAAAAUAUUUUUUCAUAAAAAAUUUUGUUCGCUCGCGAAGGGUGGUUUUCUGGCAAAAAAUAGGGAUUUUUCCAAUGGUUUUUGUUCACUAACAGAGGGGAGUAAGCAUAAGUUUUACCCGCUUUUUAAGCCUGCUUCCAAGAAUGUUCACCAAAUUAGGUAUCCCUGGAGUGAAAAUGAAGAUCAAGCUCUGAUUAGUCUCUUGCCUACAAAGUGCAGCAAAAAGUGAGCACAGAUCGCUAAUCCUCUCCUAAAUUUAUUAUUCGAUCUAUUCGGAAUUAAUAUUUCAAAGAGUCUGUAUUAAUUUUUUUUUCGGGUUUAAAAAAUCUUAAUUCUUGGUAAGAAAUCUAUUUGAAUUAUAAAAUUUAUGCUUACUCCCCCCCCCCCCUCCGUGAGCGAACAAAAAACCAUUAGAAAAAUCGCCAUUUUUGACCAAAAACCCACCCCUCCGUGAGUGAACAAAAAUUUUUUUAAUAGAAAAAAUUUUAAUGGAAAAAAAUUUGGAUAUAUAAGUGAUAAUUAGUAUAAUGAAAUCUAGAGCUAAUUCUGUUUAAUUUUAAACAAAUUGCGUUUUAAAACAUAAAUUUUGCAAAUUAAAUUAAUAUUUGCUUCCCAAUUUUUGCAAAUUAGGAUUUUUUUAAAUUUCGAAAAAAAUAUUUUUUAUAAAAUUUAUAUAUAAAUUUUUUUUAAAAAAAAAAAAUUAACCCCCCUCCGUGAGCGAACAAAAUUUUUUUGUUCGCUCACGGAGGGGGGGGGGGAGUUAAGAAUAUAAGCAAUCUAAGAUUUAAGAAUUAGCUUGCUGUUAAUAAUGAUAGCUAUUAAUUAUAUAUUAAAAAAUUUUAUACAAAACAAUUUAUAUAAACGUUUCUUAAAGAAAUGUUUAGAUUAAUUAAUUAAUUUGAGUGGGUCUUCGGGGUUUAUUUCUACCCUGUCCACCUUCGCCGACUUCAGGCUCCUAACCCUAAGCAUCAGUUUGCACUUACCCUUUUCUGUCGACGUCACCAAAAAAUGGUGACGUCGCCAUCUCUCUGGAAUAUGCACCCAGGCAGAAGUUUGGAGUUGUCUUAUGAAUUCUGGUUUCCUGUCUAUGGACCAGGGUAAAAAAACCUGUCGUGAUGUCCCAACCAGAAAGAAAAAGCACGCCCCAUUUACACAAAGUUACAGGCCCUGCACAUUGCCAACGAGAUACAUGAGAAGGAUGGCUCGGAUAAAUCCCCAUUUUAUUUUGUGUUAAAGAGAUGAGAUUUUUAAAAAUAGCCAUCGUUCAAAUAUAUUGUUCGCUCUAAAAGGUGAAAGUAAGGAGCUAAAUGAUCGUUUUUAUGCGAAUAGCCAAGUGCGUAAUGGAAAACAAUGUAGAGAACGGUGGUAUAUGCUUUUUAUAAUAAAUAAAAAUAAAUUUAAUUAUGAUUUCAUAUAAGUAAACAGAAUAAAAACAAGUAUAACCACUUAGACCCAUCCCUGAAAAAAGGUGGCUGGACACCAGAAGAAGACAGCUUUAUUAUCAAUAGACAACAAGAAGUAGGCAAUAAAUGAAGCCUAAUCGCUAAAGACCUGCCAGGAAGGAAUGAAAAUAGUGUUAAAAAUAGAUGGAAAAGUAUUUCGAAAAAAACAAGGACAUGUGAUAAGGAAAUUGGAAUUGAGGCAGAGUUUGAAGAAAAUGCGGAAAUGCAAGGAAAUGGGAAUAAUGAAGUGAAUAAUGUAGAAGUGGAAGGAGAAAUCAGCUUUGAGAGAAUUGAUAGCAGUUCGGACUGUGGGAAUUACCUGGACAUUGAAGAUGAAAUUAUCACUGAUUAUUAA